AUGAAUAAUCAAAGACCUCCACGAUUGAAACAGCUGUCUGGAGCUGCUGGGAGAAAAAGAGCGAUGAUUCGGAAAAAAAACGAAAGCAAAAACAAACGAACGUUUUUAGAUUGCGUUCGUUGGACAAAAAUCAAAGAUAAAUGCAAGCAGUUCAAUGAUAUUGAGAUCGGUAUUAAUGACUCUAAUGAGUUGCCAGACCAUAAUUCCGACAAACCUUUUCUUGCCGAUGACAUCGAUGACUUCCAAAAAACAUCAUCACAUUUAAAAAAGGAUCAGUUGGAUUUUGUACUUGAUUGUCACAAUGACCAACAAAUUUAUAAAAGUGAUCUUUCUAUACCAAUCUCUAACGAUCCUGCACUAUGGAAAUCAAUAUCAGACACUGAUCGAACGAAUAUAAUUCUGAUGGGACCUUCUUCAAAUCCUAGCAAUUUUCCAAGAGAUCAAAAAGAACGCAAAUUCCCUACUUAUAUCUUUUUAGAGGAACAAAGAAACGGAGAAAAAGUUAAAAGAGAAUGGCUCGUUUGGAGUAAGGUUGUGGCAUCAUUCUUUUGUUUCCCUUGCUCCUUUUUUGGAUUGCCUAACUUAACCAGACCCGGUGUUCAAUCCAGUUUGUUGUCUUGGAAUGGAGGUAUACAUGGAAAUUGGAGAAAACUUUCAGAUCGCGUUAAAAGUCAUCAACAAAGCGAUUUUCACCGUAACUGUUAUCUCCAAUGGAAAACAGCUACGAUUCACUUGAAAAGUCAAAAGUCCAUUGAGCAUCAGUUAGAAAAACAAAUUGGAGAUGAAACAAAGCGAUGGAAAGUAAUUUUACAAUGCAUUCUUGACGUCACAAUUAUUCUAGCUUCAAGAAACUUAGCUUUUAGUGGUAAGAUUUAG